GCUCAUAAUCUCACAAGGACAAGAGGCCUCAGGCCCCUCAAGCCGGUGUUUGGAGUCGGAAGCAAAAUGGAAAGGACCACUUCCGCCCGACUUCCCCCCCAACCUCUCAGCCAGGCCGGAAGUGACGCACCAAGAAGGCGUUCUGGCCCGGACACCCAGCUUCACCUGGCUUCUGUAUGUUGUCCUCUGCACGCCUGGUCCCCACAACCGUCCGGCUUGUCCAGCCCUGGAUCUGUAGUCCUUCCCGUUCCUUCAUGGAUUUGAAGGCUCUCCUUUCCUCCUUGAAUGACUUCGCAUCCCUCUCAUUUGCUGAGAGUUGGGACAAUGUGGGAUUACUGGUGGAACCCAGCCCACCGCAUACUGUCAGCACACUCUUCCUGACCAAUGAUUUGACUGAGGAGGUGAUGGAGGAGGCUCUGCAGAAGAAGGCCGAUCUCAUUCUCUCCUACCACCCACCAAUCUUCCGGCCCAUGAAGCGCAUAACUUGGAAAACCUGGAAGGAGCGCCUCGUGAUCCGGGCCCUAGAAAACAGAGUGGGCAUCUACUCCCCUCACACAGCCUAUGACGCUGUACCCCAGGGAGUUAACCAUUGGUUGGCCAAAGGCCUAGGAACUUGUACCUCGAGGCCUAUACAUCCUUCCAAAGCUCCUAACCACCCCACAGAGGGAACUCACCGAGUAGAAUUUAAUGUUAAUCACACCCAAGACCUCGACAAAGUGAUGUCUGCACUAAAAGGAAUUGGCGAUGUUUCUGUUACUUCUUUUUCUGCUAGGUAUGAUGACAAGGAACAAACACGGAUCAGUCUGAAUUGUACCCAGAAAGCUUUGAUGCAAGUCGUGGCUUUUCUCUCCAAGAACAGCCAACUUUAUCAGAAAACUGAAAUUCUGUCGCUAGAGAAGCCUUUGCUUCUGAAUACUGGAAUGGGACGGUUAUGCACGUUGGAUGAAUCAGUCUCAGUGGAAGCCAUGAUAGAGCGAAUCAAAAGCCAUCUAAAACUAACUCACCUUCGCUUAGCUCUUGGGGUAGGGAAGACCUUAGAAUCUCAAAUCAAAGUUGUGGCUCUGUGUGCUGGUUCUGGGAACAGCGUUCUGCAAGGAGUAGAGGCUGACCUGUACCUGACAGGUGAAAUGUCCCAUCACGAUCUUCUAGAUGCAGCUUCUCAAGGCAUAAAUGUCAUUCUUUGUGAACACAGCAACACUGAACGAGGCUUUCUUGCUGACCUUCAAGAGAUGCUGGUGGCUCAUUUGGAGAAUAAGAUUAAUAUUAUCCUGUCUGAGACAGACAGGGACCCUCUGCGUGUGGUAUAAAACAUACAGAGACAUCAGGAUGACACAGCUGCACAUCAUUUGAAUCAGAACACAAGUGUGAGUCUGGUGUGGUGGUGCACGCCUUUAAUCCCAGCACUUGGGAACCAGAGUUAGGAUCUCUCUGAGUUUGAGGCCAGCCUGGGACUACAGAGCGAUUUCAAGUUCAGCCUGGGCUAGAGUGAGACCCUGCCUCCAAAAAAAAAACAACAAAAUUACAGAACAAGUGUGUACUUGCGUCAUUGGUGUGGGUAUCCUUCUGUUGAAGUGUCUUAAAAUGUAUUACCACUUCUGUCUGCUUUGUUAAUUGUUCCACCAAAUGUUAUAACUCAUGAGGUGAAAACCUUAAGGUAAUUAUAUAACAUAUUAAAGAAUGGAAAUUCAAGGCUGGAGAGAUGGCUUAGCCAUUAAUGUGUUUGCCUGCAAAGCCAAAGGACCCAGGUUCAAUUCCCCAGGACCCACGUAAGCCAGAUACACAAGAGGGCCCAUGCAUUUGGAGUUCAUUUGCAGUGGCUGGAGGCCCUGAGUGCCAUUCUCUAUCUGCCUUUCUCUCUCUAAUAUAUAAAUAAAUAAAAAUAAUUUUGAAAGAAUGGAUAUUCAUUGUAAACUCCUGCAAAAAUUUACUGAAAUCUAUUUAUUUAACAUUCUUGGGAAGUAGUUAUUAUAGAUGGAAUGUGUCAGUCUCAAUGUAUCUGCCCUUGAGUAAUUUUAAACAGGCUUCAGACCUCAGUGAUUAAAGGUGCCUGUUUACAAAUCUUGCCAGCCUGGGUUCAGUUCCCCAGUUACCCAUGUAAAGCCAGAUGAAAAAA